AUGAGUCCCUACUUGCCAGGAAGCCCACCAACUGCGCCACUGGCGCCCGUUGCGGCAUAUCUGCCGGCGACAGACUCUCAUAACUUAACGCAAUACGGAGAGAUCACGGCAUACGAUGACUCAUUCUACGGACACGACCAGUGCUCCACAACUCAAGUAGACGAUCUCGAAUGGAAUUACACAGAGCUCAGAUAUCAUGAGCAUUACGCUCCCUCUCUGGACAUGACGUUGUCGUCAGAUAGCCUGCUAUGCGUAGCAGGGCAUGCAUACGGAGAAGCCGGCGUCAUGUAUGAUCAAUUUCCACACGGGUCAACAAGUUGGGACACUGGUGCCACCAAUGUUGACGGCCGCAUGCCCAUCUUAGCUGGAGCGCCUAUGGACCACCAAACUCCUUGGGGCAGCUCGACUACUUGGUGCUACUGUGCCACCUGUCGCAACUUCGAGGAGACAUCGAUCCACCCAAGUGUCGGUGUGCCAAACUACCACUACUAUUCCGCGGAUCAGAACAACUAUGUCGACUCAGAGCCACCAACGCCGCCUCCCGCUGGCUCGGAACUCCGGAUUCCACCCAUCUGCCGGUGGGAGGGAUGCAACGUCCUGCUGGACGACUCCAGUCCGUCCGGGGUGAAGCGUCACCUGUACGAUUGCCACGACAUCACCCGCGCUGACUGCGCGAGUGGCGCGCGAGGACACUGCAAGUGGGAGAUCGACGGCGCCGAACGGUGCGGGCGCGCGCUGGACCUGAGCAGCUUUGCGAAACACGUCGCGUCCGUGCACCUCAAGAGUACGCAGAGGAGAUGCGAGGACUGUCGGUGCAUGAUCGGGCGCGCGGAUUCGCUCACUCGCCAUCAGCGCGACCACUGCGCUGCGAGGCGCGAUUGGCAACUUGAAGGCUGGGUCUGA